AUGGAUAAAUUGUUACCCGCUCAGGAGGCUGCAAAGAUCUAUCACACGAACUACGUGAGAAAUGCCCGGGCGAUCGGUGUGCUGUGGGCAAUAUUCACUGUCUGUUUCGUCAUCAUCACCGUCAUGGUCUUCAUUCAACCUUUCUGGAUAGGAGACAGCGUCCACACUCCCCAGGCCGGUUACUUCGGCCUCUUCCACUACUGCAUCGGCAAUGCACUGACCUCAGAGCUGAUCUGUAAGGGCAGUGUCCUGGACUUCAGCUCUAUCCCCUCCGGGGCCUUCCAGACUGCCAUGUUUUUUGUGGGGACCUCCAUGCUCCUCAUCGUGGGCACCAUGGUCUGUUUCACUUUGUUCUUCUUCUGCAACGCAGGGAACGUCUACAAGAUCUGUGCAUGGAUGCAACUGGCCUCUGCCGUGUUGAUGGUGAUGGGCUGCAUGAUCUACCCAGACGGAUGGGAUGCACCCGAGGUGAAGAGGAUGUGCGGCCAGCGGACAGACAAGUACACCCUGGGGAACUGUACCAUACGCUGGGCCUACAUCCUGGCCAUCAUCAGCAUCCUGGAUGCCUUCCUUCUGUCCUUACUUGCCUUCACUCUUGGGAACCGGCAGGACAAGCUUCUGCCUGAUGACUUUGAGAUGAAGGGAGCAGGAAACCCAUGA